GCUCACUUGUGUUUUAAUGGCAUGAUUGUGACAUUUAACAACUUGUAACACUGAAGAAAUUUGCUCCACUACUGGCUGCUGACAUGCAUGUGAAUGAUGUUUUGCUGUGGAGUCCUCAUCCCAUGAAGACAAGGACCGUAACACAGGAAUGUCUUUUGGGCUGGCUCUCUCACCUGCCAUGGCUUUUGCUGUAGGUUCACACACUAAUUCUACAGUGCCGUGUCUGCUGGGACAUGUGUUAUACUCCAAUGAGACAGGCUCUCACUCAGUAUUCCUCCACCCCUCUGUCUGAAGUCCCAUGGCCACAUGGAGGACAGCUCUGCUCCUGAGGCCAAGAAGAAAGUGGAGCCUUUGCAGCUGAAGACGAAACGUCUGAAGGAGUACACCAUCCAGUCCCACUCCAGCAUGCCCCCAAACAACACGUAUGCUAACUUUGAGCGUUUUGCCCAUGUUGUGGAGGACAUCAGCCUGAUGGAGACAGGGCUAUCUGAGGUGGCUGGAGCCCACCACAGCCUGCAGGGGGACAUAGAGGCCCUGCUCUCCAUCUACAAUGAGAAGGAGGCCUGGUACAAGGACGAGAGUGAGAGUGCGAGGAAACAGAUCUCCCAGGUACGCUAUGAGUUCCGUAAAGUGGAGGCCACUAGGCGGCUGCUGCAGGAGGACAUGAAGGCGGUAGAUGCCAGUCUGGAGAGUAUCAGUGGGAAGUACCAUCAAAGACAGAGUCAGCUAAACGCUCUAAGACAGGAGCUGAACUCUGAGCUGCAGUGGCUGCAGGAAGUAAUGAGCUCCCUGCACCCUGAAGGGGCCAAUGGCAGCGUCCGCAGCAGCAGUCUGCAUAAAGAAGUGCACCAAGCUCUGAAGGAGCUGCUCCACCGGUCCUGUGGGGGGGAACUGUGCCCUGAGGCCAAGCAGCCAAUCACAGAGUCUGGCUAACUUACACAAGAGACAAUAAGAGUUUUUAACAAUCUUGCUUUAAUCUUAAUUAUAUGUUCUUUUGAAGAGAUGUUCUAUGAAUGCAACAGAUUGGUUUUAUUCCACAACAAAAACUCUGAAAUGUUUAGUUCUUCACAGUUUCUUUAUUGUUUAUAUUUUGUUUUCCUUGAGUGAGCUUUAUAGCUGUUUCUAAGUGGCAUGAUGAUAUUUGUUAGUAGGAGUAAUACCAAACUUAAAAAUGAUGACAAGCGCACUGUGGAACACAUGUUUGUUUGCAGAUGACACUGCUCUCUUUAUGGUUCAGCAGGUUUAUAAUUUAAUGAGGAACGAUGCACAUAAAUGUUGAUUAUGAAUGUUAUGUUUUAUUGUGCCUUGACCGAAAGAAAAACAGGGUCAAGCAGAUAUCCUUUUCACUGGAAUGUAGCAAAAGUUCACACUUUUUUGAUUAAUUUAUUUUUUCAUUCCAUUGUCUUUUUGGAUGCCAUAUGUUUAUGUUGUUUACAGUGGUCAUUAGUUUGUAAAGUUAUAUGUUUAGUCAC